UCAGCAGAGCGUCGGUCGUGCUCGUGCCUACUUUGUCCUCGUUAUUUCAAGUGAGCGCUGAGGGAGAGAGGAGAGCGAACUAGGUGUCUCGUGCGGAUUUCACUGACACAAGGCGCGCGAAGGAUUUUGCAGUGAAACCGUACUUAUUUGUAUAUAUUUUGUCAGAUUUACAUAGAGAAAAAAGAAAAAAAAGAAGUGUCUGGAAAGAGAGGGGGGGAGGAUAAACCAAAACGCAACACGUAUCCGGUGGGAUCCCACUCCUGUGAGAGAGAAGCGGCAGGAGUUGGAGCGAAGGGUGCAAGGAAAGCGAGUGGGAGGAAGACGAAGAAGGGUGGAAAGAUUUAACAUUGCGCUCGUAACAACGCGUUUUUAAUUAAUAAAGAGGAAUAAUGAGGAACGUGUGGAUAAUUUUGACCCUCGGGCUGACCGUCUUCCUCUCCGGGGAAACGAUAGCAGAAGCAGCAAAGACUUCCUCUGAGGCUGAUGACUUGUACCUAGAUGACACAGGCUCAGGAGGUUACUACCCUGAAGAUGAUGAUGACUUUAACUCAGGGUCUGGCUCAGGUGGAGGUGAAGAAGUGUUGGAGGAAACAGUGACUGUCAGUAUGGUUUAUAUUGAGCCCAAUGCAGCAGAACCCACCCAGGACUCCACCAAAGAUUUCACCCCCAGGGUGGAGACAGCCACGGUCAGAGAAAAGGCCAGGGACAGCACACCCAGGAAACCACUCAGAACCGAGGCACCAGUGCCAGUUACAGAGGACAUGCAGAGGAACCAGAUGACCAGUACGACUAGUGCCCCCGGCUCACCCCAGGAGGCCAUUGAAGUCCGCACUGAAAACCUAUUUCAGAGGACAGAGGUGUUGGCAGCUGUUAUCGCAGGUGGCGUGAUUGGCUUCCUGUUCGCCAUCUUCCUCAUCCUCCUCCUGGUCUACCGCAUGAGGAAGAAGGAUGAGGGCAGCUAUGACCUGGGAGAGAGGAAACCCUCCAGUGCAGCCUAUCAGAAGGCCCCAACCAAGGAGUUUUAUGCAUAAAACCCCUCCCUCCCAUCAUCAGAACGACAAAUUUUGAGUGACUGUCAAAAACACAGUCCAUGACAACAGCAAAACCUGUUCAAACACAACAUGAAACAACAACAAAAUGUUUUCAAGUUGAUUAAGGAAAAAUAGCAUAAAGGAAAGCUUUUGCAUAGUGUAUUGUAAUUAAGACCUUUUCUUUCUUCUUUUUUUAAAAAAAUGAAAACCGAGCAUUUCUCAUUUUAUGGCAAAUCUCAGUGUAUUUAAACAUUUUGUGUAUUAUUUGAAAAAGAUGAAAAAAAAGUCUGUAAAGGUGAGGAAACUAAUCGCAUCUGUCUUCUGUCAAAGGAGCUGUUUUUAGUCGCUGACUACUUUUAACUGUAGCGGUAUGUUAUUUGUAAAGGAAAAAAAUUUAAAAGUGGAAAUAAUUGAAUAUAAUUAUUCUGUAUCAAUCCUACUUUCAUUUUUUUCUUUUUAUUUUGUCCUAGCAUGUCUGAUGUUGAUCUCUAAAAGUGUAUUACAUUAAUUUAUCUUUUCUCUGAUGUUAAAAAAAAUGCCUUCGUAGUUUUGAUGAAGCUCUUUGGUCUUCAUAUUAACGCUGUUAACGGUCAAUGUAAAUGUUCUCCCUUCAGGUUACAAUGUUUAUUAUUUGCUCUCACAUCUGUUUUUUAGUCAAAAGUGAGCGCUUCAUUAUGUCUUGUUUAUUUGUUUGUUCUCUUCUCAGUGUAGCCUUCUUUUUUCUUUUCGACAGCGUUUUAUUUUCAUACCAGGUCUUUAAAAGAUAAAAAUAAGUGUGUCAGGGCUUAAGAAAGAUCACAAAUCUCACUUCUGUUUUAUGUCUCGCUGAACUUCUUUUCUAUUUUAAUGCAUUCUUGUUCACAUUGCACAUUCACUGCUUUUGCUUCCCACGGCUAUCAUGCAGGUUUGCAUGUAUGUAGAGUAUUUUGGGGUGAAGUUUCUUCUCUGUGGCUUGUGGUGUUUUUGGCCCAUAGCCACCUUCUUCCCCAAUGUCUCCCUUGAGUUUACUGACUGCACCCAAAGUCUGCUAGCAUCCUUUCACCCUUACAUCUCCUCCCUCACUCCCCCGACACACACACACACACACACACACACACACACACACACACACACACACUCUUUUCAGCUGUAUGGAGCCACCCGGGUAGUUAUUGUCCAUGUCCCAGUGUUGACGCUUUAGGUCCAAAGAUCUGCUCACUGAAGGCCUGCUACUGUUUGGUCACAAACACACGAGGUCAGGGCCGAAUCCCCACAUGCAGAGCACAUACCUCGGCAGCAAAAACCACCAGAACCCCCCUCUAGAAACCUAGUUUCUCUCAGAGGGACUGAUAAAUAAGGCUGCAAGAAAAUGUAAGACUUCAGUGUUAUGUCUGAAUAGGCUUUGACAAGACACUCACGUUGAGGGCUAUUCAUGUUUUUUUAGUGGUCAGCACAGGCAUUUCAAAAGAGCUUCUGUUGAGAGAUGAGGUUGUUUACCAGGUUUAAAACCUACCCACGGUGUUUGUUUUGAUGCCAUUUUGCAUCCCCAAAUGAGUUUAAAAGGCCACAAAAUGGCUGAUGAAAAAUAGCCACGUAGCUACAUCAAAGGAAAACAUAGGUUACGGUCACAUGACAACAACAAGUUAUUGUCUCUCUCCUUUUUUUUUUUUUUUUUUUUUUUUUAGCAUUACGUCUACAUUAACUUGCUCUAAAGAGACACGUGUGUUUUGUCCGGCAGGUUUGUGAAGUUGCCUUUUUCAGCUGUACAGUAGUGUGAAGUAGAUGCUGUCACAUCGUCUAAACUCCUACCACCACCCACAUGAAGCUGUUCAGCCCUCUACCUCUCCAUCCCUCAUGUUCCCCAUCUUUUAAUCUGUCUGUGAUCCUUUUGUUGUCCACUUCCAUCCUCUAUUCCCCAUCUCUCUUGUCCGUUCUUGUCAUAGACUUAAGGUACUGAACUAUACUGAAAAACCCAAAGACUCACAGUAUUUCCACUCCCACCAUCCUCUCAUACCCACACCCUCCACCAUGGCCACAUCAUGUUGUUUUCUCAUUCGCUUUUUCUUCACUUUUAGUUUUUUUUCUCUCACUCUAUUAGAGACCUGACCUUUGAGUCCAAUUGCUUAUUAGUAUAUGAAAAGAUAUAUAAAUAUAUAUAAAUGUAUAUUCACAAAUGUUUUAAACCUUCAAAGUGCCUACCAUUUGGAAAUGUACUUGCUCAAGGUGAGCAUGUGGCGGGUGUACACAAAGGAGGGGUGUAAACGACUUGACUGGCAUUCUGUGAGCAUGGAUGACUGUAAUGGUAACUUUUUUUUAGUCUUACAAAAGCUGACAGUAUUGUACCUAUAAGUAGAAACAACACUACUGAAUAAACAUUGUGGCCUAAUA